AGAAGACUAGUCUGUACCCGAAUGUAAUUAUGAGAGGAACAAAAUUAAUAUUGAUGGAGGUAGGAAAUGUAAAAUUUCUGGAUUCUCUCAAUUAUUUUCCUAUGCCUCUAACUGCUCUACCCAAGGCGUUUGAUUUGAAAGAGCUAAAGAAAGGAUACUUUCCACAUUUAUUCAACACUUUGGCUCAUCAGAAUUAUGUAGGGCCAAUUCCAGCGCUCGACUUCUACGAUCCCGACCAUUUAAAGGAAGACGCUCGGGAAAAAUUAUUAAAAUGGCAUGGCGAAAGACAAGCGGAGGGAUACGUUUUUGAUUUUCAGAAAGAAAUCGUUGAAUACUGUAUCUCCGAUGUGGAAAUAUUGACACAGGCGUGUCUCAAAUUUCGAGACCUGAUGAAAACCGAAACCACAGUCGAUCCCUUCCAGGAAAGCACCACUAUUGCAUCAUGCUGUAACAAAGUCUUUAGACGCAAUUUUUUAAAACCUGAGACGAUCGGGCCUCUCUGUCGCAGAUGUCAGGACUUAUUAAAUGCCAGAUUCUACCGAACCAGAACUUAUAUCCCCGUUUUACCGUCAAAAAUGAACAACAAAUUGAUGUUUGUUAACUGUCAAAAAUGUGGUGAAGAUUUCGUUCGAGAAGAGUGUCAGCAUUCUAUUCAAGAAAGAAGCCUAAAAGGAACUUGGGUGAUAGAAGAGGUGCUCAAAGCUAUUGAAAAAGGUUACCAGAUUAUAGAGACUUACGAAAUAUGGGAAUACGAUACAAUUCAGCUCAGUAAAGACCAAGAGGGGUUAUUUAGCGGAAUGAUGAACAAGUUUCUACAAAUAAAACAACAAGCUUCAGGAUGGCCCAAACAUUGCUUAACGGAUGAAGAAAAAAACCGUUAUAUUGAUGCAUUUUUGGAUAGAGAAGACAUAAAGCUGGAAUUUUCAAAAAUUAUAGAGAACCCCUGUUUGAGAUCGUUAGCUAAACUUAUGCUGAAUUCCUUUUGGGGUAAAUUUGCUCAAAAAGAAAACCAAAACAAAACCUCAAUAGUCAGAGACUGUGGUGAAUUCUUUGAUAUGCUGACUAAUCCUUCUAUUCAUGUAAAUACAGUUCUCCCGGUAAACGAAGAAACCCUUCUCAUAACUUGGGAAUUUAGAGAAGAGGCCUAUGACGUUUCUUCAACGGUUAACGUUGUAUUGGCUUCAUAUGUCACGGCCCUAGCUAGACUAAAAUUAUAUUCAUUCUUGGAGAAAGUGGAAGAAAGGGCAGUUUACGUAGAUACAGAUUCAUGUAUUUAUAUCUCUCGUAAGGGAUUAGACGACAUAUCUACAGGCGACUUCAUAGGUGAUAUGACCGAUGAGCUCAAUGGGGGUUUCAUAUCAGAGUUUGUUUCUGGAGGACCUAAGAACUACGCCUACAAAUUACUACUUUGUCUGGAGAGGAACAGAUCGUAUGUAAAGUAA